AGUAGUUGCAGAGCUGAGCGGGGAAGGGUGAAAUAUUAAUAGAGCAGUUCUUUAGUUUAAGAAGGGUGCAGUUUAGAAAAGCGCGAUAAACAUUUUUGAAGACUUUUUUUUUUGUAAUUGUGCUAAAAAAAUGUAAAUAUGUACGGUAUAUGUUUAACUAGGUUUCUGCACACAUUGUUAUUCUAAGGGUACUUACACGUCUUUAGGGUGACAGAAAGGGAAUUCGUUUGCGUAAAAGGAAUAUCAGAACUCGUAAAAGAAAUGGACUCCGUGGUGUAUUUAGCAGGACUGGUUGUCUUAUUCCUGCUGUGGGUUAAGGUGAAAGGGCUGGAGUACGUGAUCAUACAUCAGAGAUGGAUUUUCGUGUGUCUGUUCCUGCUCCCCUUGUCGGUAAUAUUCGAUAUCUACUAUUACCUGCGCGCCUGGGUCAUUUUCAAGAUGUGCAGCGCCCCCAAACAGCACGACCAGCGCGUCAAGAGCAUACAGCGACAGGUCCGAGAAUGGAAGGAGGAGGGGAGUAAGACCUACAUGUGCACGGGCCGACCUGGCUGGCUUACAGUGUCUCUGCGGGUGGGGAAGUACAAGAAGACUCACAAGAACAUCAUGAUCAAUCUGAUGGACAUCCUGGAGGUGGACACCAAGAGACAGGUUGUUCGUGUCGAACCUUUGGCUAACAUGGGUCAGGUGACCUCGCUGCUCAAUUCGAUUGGCUGGACUCUUCCAGUGCUGCCAGAGCUUGAUGACCUCACAGUGGGUGGCUUGGUCAUGGGCACGGGAAUUGAGUCCUCGUCGCACAUUUACGGGCUGUUCCAGCACAUCUGCGUGGCCUAUGAACUGGUGCUCGCUGACGGCAGUCUGGUCCGGUGCACUGCAGAGGAGAAUUCCGAGCUGUUCUAUUCAGUGCCCUGGUCCUGCGGCACGCUGGGCUUCCUGGUGGCUGCGGAGAUCAGGAUCAUCCCAGCCCGCAGGUACGUUCGGCUGCACUACGAGCCUGUGAACGGGCUGGAGAAGAUCUGCCAGAGGUUCUCCAGCGAGUCUGCCAACAAGAAAAACCAGUUUGUGGAGGGGCUGGUGUACUCCCGCGACCAAGCCGUGAUAAUGACCGGGGUCAUGACUGAGGAGGCGGAGUCUGACAAGAUCAACAGCAUUGGACAUUACUACAAGCCCUGGUUUUAUAAACAUGUGGAGAGUUACUUAAGAGCCAACCGGAGCGGAGUGGAGUACAUUCCCCUGAGGCACUACUAUCACCGACACACUCGCAGCAUCUUCUGGGAGCUGCAGGACAUUAUUCCAUUCGGUAACCACCCCGCUUUCCGCUACCUGUUCGGCUGGAUGGUGCCCCCCAAGAUCUCUCUUCUGAAGCUGACCCAGGGAGAGACGAUCCGGAAGCUGUAUGAGCAGCACCACGUGGUCCAGGACAUGCUGGUACCCAUGAAGCACCUGGAGCAAUCCAUCAGUGCCUUCCACAACGACAUCAAUGUCUACCCCCUGUGGCUGUGUCCCUUCGUCCUGCCCAGCCAGCCCGGCAUGGUCCACCCCAAGGGCAAUGAGGACGAGCUGUAUGUGGAUAUCGGGGCCUAUGGAGAGCCGAGUUCCAAGCAGUUCGAGGCACAGGCCUCCAUGAGGCAGCUGGAGAAGUUUGUGCGAGAGGUGCACGGGUUCCAGAUGCUGUACGCGGACGUGUACAUGAACCGUGAGGAAUUCUGGGAGAUGUUCGACGGCUCUCUGUACCAGAAGCUGAGAGAGCAGCUCAAUUGCAAGGAGGCCUUCCCGGAAGUGUACGACAAGAUCUGCAAGUCUGCAAGGCACUGAAAUACAGGGGCCCCACGAGACACUGCACCCAUACUCAAUAAUAACCCUAAAGGAUAGUGAUGAGAACUAUCUAAAGCACAUUUGUUGCAGUCUGCAUUACAAUGCUGCCGUUUAUGAUAGCAAUGCUGCAGUUAUAUUUUUAGGAUCAGUUGUUUUGCUCCCUGGUAGAGUAUUUUAAUAUUAACCAUAUACUUGAAGGCUUCCAAUCCUAAAUUAUUUUGUAAACCUUUUUUUAUCCUAGCAGUAUAGUUAACAUACACAAUGAGCACUCGCUGCAGAUAUUGGUAUGUUUUCUUUAGCCUCGACCGGUUGCCACGUUUCCCUUUUUUGAAAUGGUCUGUAGAUGUCGCUGUGAUGGAGUGUGAUUCGAGUGCGGUUCUCUUCAUUACCAAUUUCCUUUCUGACGACUACUGUCUUCUGUAUAUGUCUGAUGGUUCACUGCUGAGUUUCAGUGAAAGCUGCAUACGCUUCCUCACAAGCUGCAUCAAGUUUGCUAUGUAUUUCUAAAGACAGAAGAUGUUUUUAAUGAGGGGGGAUAAGCACGUGACAUCCUGAAGUGUAAAGGGGCUAAAGCAGAUGCAAAGCUGUAGACGUUUUAUAUAUCAACCUGCAGUGCCGACAGAUAGAGCAUUUUUCAUUUUCUAACACUGAUACUGUAUAGCAAAGUCUUAUGUAUGUGAAGGAGAAAGAUUGUUGUUUGGGGUUUUUUUUUUGCUCCUGUAUUACAUCCUAAUUGCAACAUGUGUGCUGCUAACGACUGGCCCAGCGUUGUGGUGUGAGCUUGUAUUCAUUUGAAUUCUGGUAUUUUGCUUUCACUUGUGUUGUUUAUCAUUAAAGUUCUCAACAUUAAUGUCAUAUGAUAUUUACUUUUUGUACCGUUUUUUUUUUUUCUUUAAUAGUCCUGAAGCAAAAUCAGUCCUUCCUUUACCUUUCCAUGCUGCAGUUCUCUAGAUGGCACUGUUUCUGAAACAUUCUUUUUUUUUGCAUUUUUUCUCUAUUCAUUGUUUUCAGCUCCUUGAAAGAAAUCAUGUGAUAAUGUGACCCCUUCAGUUGAAAGUUUACAGUAUCACAUGAGUUCACCAGAACCUGGAACCAAUGAAAAAAAAAAACAGGCCAGCGAUUCACAAAAACAUACAAUGAUCAAAACACUAUAAGAGGAGCUCAGAAGUGGGCGGGGCCUCAUCUGCUUAUCGCCAAGCCUUGAUUCACAGAUGAACUCGUAUUCUCAUACUUCAUGAGAGACGCACUCAUUCCUAGCUCAUGUGGUAUUGUGUUUAAUCUUUCUGUAAUGGGGUUAUGAAAGCGAUCUGCUGCUUUACUGUCUGCAUUUUUCUAUACCGUGUUAACUCUCAGAUUCUAUGUAGUAACGUGUCCCUUCUACGAGAGGAGUCGUCUGAAAGUGAAAUGUGAUGAAAAGAUAGAAAGGUAUGUGUCCAGUAAACACACACACUUAUGAAUUGUAUGUUUUGUAACAAAAGUGCAAUACAAGUUAUACCAAUGAUUGUUUAUCAUAUAAAAGGUUGCAUGCGAAAACAGAACCCAACCUGGCCCAUGAAGUAGCAGUGUAUGUAUUGAUUCAGGUGAGAUGUUUCUACAUUUUAAAAGAAAAGCGCAAUUUGGUUACAAUUUUACAGUGGGGUGGGGGGUUUCUCAUGUACCUGUGGAUGAAUGAUGAAGUCUAAAUGUUUAUGUUGUAGUUUAUAUCUUACCUCUGUUGCAUUCUGCUGCAGAUGGCCAUGUUCCUGACUCUGGACUUGGGCUGUUGUUCUGUGUGCGCCAAUCACAUUUUUCAUGUUCAUGUUUGUCUAUGGUUUGGUGACAAAUAAAUGAAUUCUGCAAUGUAA